AUGAGGGCGUCGGCAACGAACGAAACGGAUCUUCAAAGCGACGACGACGAUAGUGCUGUUAUUAAUGAGAGAAGGAAAGCAAAAGUAUUAGUCGUUGGCGCCGGGGCGUCUGGUUUAGUCUGCGCGAAAGAGUUGCGACAACGAGGACACGAGGUGAGAGUUUUUGAAACGAAGAGUAACUUGGGCGGCGUGUGGUUACACGCCACCGCAAAUAACGAGAACAAAACCACGAAAACGGCCAUGUACGAUUCGUUGCGGACGAACUUACCGAGAGAGGUGAUGGGUUACGAAGCAUUUCCGUUUAUUGCUUCUUCUUCCUCUUCUUCAUCCGUCGACGCGCGACGGUUUUGCUCGCACAAAGAAGUACAAGGGUAUUUGCAAGAGUUUGCAAAAAACUUUAGACUGUUCGAUGUUCUCGAGUUUAACACGACCGUGAAAGAGUGCAGAAAGAAAAAAGAUGGGGAGGAGAAAUUAGCAGAACGCGAAGAAGAAUUCGGCCCGAAAUGGACGGUGAAAUAUGAACAAGGAGAGAAGAAAGAGCUCAAGCGGGACACGUUCGACGCCAUCGUCGUGGCAAAUGGACAUUACUCGAAACCGAGAAGUGCUCGGUUUCUUGGAGCAGACGUGUUUCCUGGAAAGCAAAUGCACUCAUCGACGUAUAAAGAACCUUCGGUGUUCACGAAUCAAAAUGUCGUUCUGAUUGGCGCGCAAGCCUCUGGCGAAGAUAUCUCGCGAGAUAUCGCAACAAAGGCGAAGAGUGUGUAUUUGAGCGCAAAGACAUGGCAAAAUGCAGAGUGGGGGUCGAAUCCAAACAUAUCGGAGAACUUGUUUCGGAAACCAAACGUUAAAGCGCUUCUAGAGAACGGUUCGGUAGAAUUUGAAGAUGGGAGCGUAGUUGAAAACGUCGAUGCGAUCGUGUACUGCAUCGGAUACGAGUACGAUUUUCCAUUCUUGGAUCCAAAAGAUGCAAAUUUUUCAGUCGAUGAUAAUUACGUCAAUCCUUUGUAUGAACACUUAUUCGUCCCGGAAAACCGAUCGAGUUUAUCUUUUGUCGGUUUGUGUUGGAAAGUAGUCCCGUUCCCACAGUUUGAGUUGCAAGCGAAGUGGAUUGCAAAGCUUUUAUCUGGGGAAUUGAAGCUACCGCCGACGAAGGAAAUGAAGAUACACGUGGAAAAUUUCGAAAACGAUCGUAAAAGUCAAAAUAUCCCCAAGCGGCACUGGCACUGCUUAGGCGCCGAACAGUUUGCAUAUAACGAUAGAAUAGCCGAGUACGCCAAGGAAACAAAAUUAAAGGAAUGGAGGUGGGAGAUGUACGAAAAAACAGGAAUCAAUAAGAGAACAAACCCAGAAAAGUACCGAGAAGAACACAACGACGGAGAAGUUUUGGAGAAAGCAAUGAAUGAAGAGUUGACGAUGAUGAUGAUGAGCAUCAGCAGCGAAGGCACUCGUCGAGGGGACUCUCAAGUCGUUAACGCGCUCGCAAAAGAGAACGGAAAGGAGAAAAACGAAGCAAGCAGCGAUCCCCCGUUAUCGGCAUCUGAAAGAGAAAUAGUAGAAAGCCAACUGAACGCUUUAUCGGACUCGCAAAUGAAACAAGUGAAAAUUUACUCUUCGCUUCUGUUGGAAUGGAAUCAGAAAAUGAACUUAACUGGCGCGAAAACAGAAAACGACGUCUUGGAGCGUCACGUCGCAGACUCACUAUCCAUCAUAGAAGCCAUUGAAAAUACGUGUCCUAAUAGCAAAGACACCUCGAAACCGUUCAAGAUAAUCGACGUUGGCACGGGCGCUGGAUUUCCAGGAAUGGUUUUAGCCAUCGCACGUCCGCAUUGGGAAAUAUCCCUCUUGGACUCGCUGCAAAAGAGAACUAAAUUCUUAGAUCACGUUGCCGAUUCGGCGGGAAUAAAAAAUGUGAAAACAAUUUGGAGCAGAGCUGAAGAUGCGGGUAAAUUUGAGUCCGAACAUCGCGAACAGUUUGAUGUUGCGACGGCGCGCGCGGUUGCCGAUUUGCGCUUAUUGUCGGAGCUUUGCAUUCCGUUCGUGAAAGUCGGUGGCGCUUGGAUUGCGAUGAAAAAUCAAUCUGGUUUGGAAGAAAUUGAAUCGGCGUCAAAAGCGGUCGAGAUAUUAGGUGGAGAAGCGAUGUCGUAUCAGGAAGUUCAAAGUAUUGGUCCGGAUGGAAAUUUGCGAACUGUUGUGACAAGUUACAAGCUCACGGAAACGGACAAAAAAUAUCCCAGAAGGGCGGGCACUCCGCAGAAAAAACCUUUAUGA